AUGAGAAUACCGCAUACAAUUAGUAAAAAUAUUUUCAAAGCUUACAAAUGUUCGACGGAAAGCACUUUAUUGCCAUACGAACAAAGAAGAAAUAUACGUUCGGAAGAUUUCAAAUGGGACAAAGGCAUUGUACCAGAAUUAAAAAUACUUGCACUUAAUGUUAUAGCAUCGACAUGGAAAAAUAAACCUAUACUCGAUGAAUUACCAAGUUGUAUGGAUAGAAUUUUUCUUUUAGAAACAUUGCCUACCAAUCUUCCCUUUGAAUUAACUAUUAGCAACAUUUCUGACGAACAUUAUUGGGAACGUGCUGCUAAAGACAGAUGGUCAUACAAUAAUCCAAUUGAUCAUGGCAAAUCAUGGAGAAGAUUAUACUGCGAACGUCACUUGGCCGAGUAUCUGGAAAAUUUCGAAGCAAGUUACUUUGAAUCGCAGAAAGAUGAAUGUAUAAAACUUGUUAAACUUGUUAGCGAGCACGUGCGUAUCUUGAAAUUGCGUGCUUUAAAACCUACCAAAAAAGCUUCGACCACAUUAUCGAUCGAUGGUCCAGAUUCGAACGAUGACGAUGAUGUAGUUGAACAUAUUCCCAUGUCGAUAAUCUUACCACAAUUACCACACCUAACUGAAAUGUCCUUGAACAUAGGCAUGAUAUAUCUGAACGAUGGUUUCGAAUGGAGAGAUUUUCAAUUUUCAGUGCAAGAUUGUUCGAAUCUUGGCGAAGGAUUGAAAGCUUGCAGUAAUCUACGAAAAUUCAGUUUGACGAGAAGUAAUUUAGAUCGUGUCAGGGUUGCUACUAUUCUUCAGAAACUAAUUCGAAAUAAAAAUAUUAAAGAAUUGGAUUUCUCUCAUUGCAAGUUAGGUGACUCGGGUGCACAAGCAGUAGCUGAAUUUUUAUCAUUACACGGACAACUGCAAGUUCUUCAUUUGGCCAAUAACAAUAUCGGUGAAAACGGUGUAUCCGGUAUAGUUUACUCGUUAUUGAAAAAAAAUGAAACGAGUUUGAGGCACCUUAAUUUAAGAUUGAAUCCUUUGGGCGAUGCCGGUGGUUCUCACAUUUGUGCACUGCUGUUGAGAAACAACCACGUAGAGAUUCUAAAUGUCAGCAGUUGCGAAUUGAGCUCAGACAUUGGAGAAGCAAUAGCCGAGAUAUUCGAGUCUACGGAUAUAAAUGUCACUUCGUUGGAGAUUGAUCUGUCAAACAACAAUUUUGGUCCAAUAGUUGGCAAAAUGUUUGAAAAAGUUAUUCAAACGAAUAAGAACAUUUUCAAAUUAGAUACACGAAUGUGCAAUUUUACAAAGGAAUCCGAAUACUCCAUAUGGAAAAGUAUACUUAGGAGGAACAAAAAAAAAAGAGGAAAAGAUAGAGCAUCGUUGAGUAUUUCGCAAAGAGGUACCACCCUACGCUCGUUAUCACCUUCGAAAUACUUGCAAGAAGAGAAAGGAAAAGAAAAAGAGGACAUCGUUUUAGCUGAAGAUGAAACUGCAACCAUAAAGACGAUAUUACCUCCUCGAAUCUACAGUGAACCUAUCUUUGAAGAAAACUAAUCAAUGAUGAUACCGACUACUUCCUAUUAUAAAUACGAAUAAAUACGAAUAUAUAUAUGUAUAUAAAUGUUAGACGAAGUACUGUGCACGCGAUCACGUCAAAUUAAAUUCCACUAUAGAAGAAUAGCAAAUUACCCAGGUGUAUGAAGCGAGAUACGAUAAAUCUGUAAAGUUCGCUGAUCAAGAUGACCUUUUCCUACUGAUUUCGAUCGACAUUAGACAAUUAACGAUAACGAUUUAACGAUAAACUACAAAUACUUCAAUAUAUAUUUAUAUAUAUAUAACUUUAAUGCGAAGUAGUAACCCGUACGUAAAUUUUGUGAAUUGCAUUAAAAUUCAAGCCCUUCUUCAAUAUAUCUCGAUUCUAACAUAAAUGGAGAGAGUUAGGCUAGUUUCAAAAUAAACGGCUCAUAUAUACUCAUAUAUUCUUCCUUAUUUAAAUAUAUGUUCAAAUAGAUAUAUAUAUAUAUAAGGUAAAAGGAAAGGUAUAUGAAAAGUAUAUGCCGUAAUCGAUAACUCUACGAAUUUCCAUGUAUCGACCAUCCCCAUCACCAUCACCAUCACCACUAGCACUAGCACUAGCACUACCAACUCGAGCUGCAAAUAUAAAUUCGUAGUACAACGUGCCCUUAUUUCUUGUGCCCAUUCUUAAGAUAUUCUCAAAAGCGUGCACGUAAUAGCAGCACGUAAUAGCAGCACGUAAUAGCACGUAAACCCAUAGCUUACUUAGAUUUUCGAUGCGUGACACAUAAAUAUUAAGAUUAGUGCACAAAUAAUGACUAUUUUUAAGUUAUUUAUUGUAAUACACACACUUCACAAGUAUUAUAUUGCUUUUCAAAUAUCAUCUUACUGUGGAAUUAAAAGAACAACCAAAAAUAAUAGAUUUGUUCAGAAA